AUGUGUAUUCAAAUAAAAAUAAUAAAGAUCUGUUCUUUAUUCAUUUUAAGUAUGAACAACUACUCUAGGAAUUCAUCUUUACCAAAAAAAUCAAAUGUUUUCAAAUGUUUUCGUGAUUCACAAGCAGCCGAACAAGCCGUCUUCAUUGCUCUUCUUUCUCGACACUAUUCAAUUGAAAUUAAACACCCCAUCAAACGAUCAACUGUGACAAAUCAAGUCUUGAAUGUAUCAUUAAUCCACUUUGAACACGAAAUCUUUAAUGUUUCCGAAUUUGUCGACGUCCGUUGUUCGUUGCUCAAAACAAUUGAUCUGGCGACUGGGUUCUCAGAGAAGUCCGCGCAACAACGGUUAUCCAAAAAUCGUAUUGUCGAACAGCAACAUUUUUUGAUUGAUAUUUUGAGGGAACUCGGGUACUUUUGUUCUGGGUAUAUUUGUCAAGGAAAAUUGAUGACACGACCAGUUGAAAUAGUUACAACUGUAGCUCGGGAUAAUGAUAUACUUUUACAAUCAAAAGAAAUUAUUGAAAAUGGAACUAAAAUAGCAAAAUUCAUUGACCAAAAAUUGAGUACAAACGAGGUCUUGUAUAUCGAAAAGGGCAGUUUCGAAAUGAAGUGUCUUUUAUCUUUGUAA